AUGAAGUAGUUUACAAAUAAUCUAUUGCAAAACGAUCUUAUUUAAGCUACCCCUAAUCAGUAAAGUAGUGUCAGCAAAUAAGCAUACCAGUCUGUUUCGAUGGCUUAAAGGUUCUACCAAGAAAAUAGGCUCCAAAACUCCUAAAAUCUAAGCAGUGCCUAGAGAAGUCCUUAGAGUGAAAAGAAACAGCAGUAUAGAGACUUCAUUAGAAUGGCUGGAGAGUAAAACCUUCCAGUAAAUUAUCAGCAAAAAACUUUAAACAUCCAAGACUAUAGCGCAUAAGUUGAUAGCAGUAAUGUCAUGAAAGAAAAAACAAAUAAUAUGUUGAGGAGCUAAAAAUAAGUAGAGAUUUUGGAUCAUGAAUAUGCCGCAAAAACCCAAAAUGCCUACUCCACCAAUUCUUAAUCUUCAAACACUCAUAUUCAGAAGAAAUUUGAUUAGCUUUAUAAUACAGCACCUUUGAACAGUAUUCCUGAGUCUUGGGAUCAAGAGAGCAAAGCCUCUGCCACUCACGAUACUCAAAGCUUUACAAAGGGAAAUUUUUCAAGAGACUCGUAAGACAAUAUUGAUAAAGUGGAUGGUGAAGCAAUAAGUGGGUAAAUUGAUCUAUCAAACAGAAAGAAGAACAUAAAAAAGCAAAUGUCGUCAACUGCCUAAGAUAGUGCAAGAAAAUAGCUAGUUCAUAACCAGAGUGCUCAGUCUGUGAAAUCAUUAGCUUCGAAUGGGAAUGGAGGUUUAAACAAAACCAGUUUGGAGGAGAAAAAAGAAAGGAAUGAAGCUAUCAAAAGCAGACUCAAGCAGUUAUAUCUUAAUUAUUGUGAUUACUCAAUGGAUAGUGGGGAGGUCUUCAUUACCUACACUAACUUCUUGAAAGUAAUGAGAGACUCAUCAAUCUUUGAUGAUAAAUAAGUUAACCAAAAUACAGUAAGUAUUAUCAUCUCUAAGGAGUGCAAUGCCACAACGAACAUGAUUAAGCACAUUACCUUUGAGCAGUUUCUUAAUGCUAUUCUAAGAAUAUCUGAAAUCAAAUAUGAAGACCUUUUUAAGAAGCAUCCGAAAUCUGCUCUCAAAGAACUUCUUAAGAGAAAUAUUCUGCCUUUGCUAAAACGCAUAGAAACAGCAGUUGAGAAGCAGAGUGAUGAAUUUCAAUACUCACUUUAUACAGUAUCAGAACUCACACUCAGAUUAAUUGUCUACAAUGAAGACACAUAAGUGAUAUUCACCGAUAUUUUACCAUUGAUAAAAUAACUAUACCAAUAGUACUUUGAGUAAGAGAUCAAUCAGUCCAAAGGCAAACUAAACGAUCUCAAAAAGUUAUCUUUGCGAUCUGUAAUGAAUUUUGCCCGUGAGUUUGAAAUAUCUCCAUAUCUUGUGCACCAAAAAGCAAGUUUCUUAAUUUGGUACUCAGUCUCAAAUUCCACAUCUAUCAGCGAACUUUCAAACAACCCUGAGACAAAGAACAUCGUGUCCAAUAGUCAUAAUUUAGGAAAGGUGUUCACUCUAGGCCAUUUUAUAGUGUUUAUCUAUAGACUUAGUGUCAUUUAUUUCAAUCAUUCUUAAGAAAAGCCUCAAGACUACAAUCUGAUUAAGAAGUUACUGUAUUUCUUGCGUAAAUUAGAAAACUCAGGAGGCUUUAGGAAGUUUCUUAACAAAAUCAAUCGCACUUACACAGAGACUCUCACAUUCUUACCCUCAAAGGACCUAUUGUGCCAGAUUCUAAAGGCUGAAGGAGUCGAAGAUUUGGUAUUCACCAAUCCAGAAGAAAUGGCAUUUGUCACAAAGGAAGCAAUGCUUUCUAGGAUAGUUGACUAGCACUUAUUUGUAAAAAAUUUCUUGGAAUAAAAAUCAGAGAAUUGCUUCGAUAACGAUCGAGAUGAGUUCCUUCUAAACUCUGAGGAUGAACUGAAGAAGCUGUUCGAAAUCUACUGCUCCUUUGGAGAACCUAUGAAUACUAAAUACUUGAAAUCUAGCAAGUUAUUCAAGCUUUUUAAAGAGGUGGGACUUUUAAAGGGUUAGUCAAGAUUGCCUCGAAAUAGCGAGGGUGCUAAGUAAAUUUCUACUCAAGAAAUGGAUCUUAUAUUUGCUUAAGUUUGUGCUAAGUCCUUUGCUCCAGUCAGCACAUUUGACUAAUUUGCUUCCUGUAUGACCUAUAAUGGCAGUCAGGAUCAAAGUUAACUCUCUGGGUUCCUGCAGUUCCAGUCUCAAAUGAAUAGGACAAGAGUCACUAAUAAUGUUAAUGAUAUAAGCAAGAUAUCUAAAACAGCUACAUUUGACAAGCAGAGUCACUUGAUUGAUAGAAACGGCAGCAAUGGCGGCAGAGUAGAUUUCUAGCAAUUCAGGAAAGUACUGGAGCUAGUUUCAAUAAAAGUUUAUCCUUCGUUGAUAGGAUAAGCAUGCUAUAUUGAGCUGCUAAAGAACAUUUUAUUGCCAUAGCUGAAGCUAAUAAACGACAAGAGAUGCGUUCACAAUUAAAACAUCUCGAAAUUGCUUGUGAAGCUAGACAACCAAGACAUGAUUAAUAUGCUGACUCUUCUGCAUAAAGCAAUGAUUGAUGUCUACAGAGUGUAUGCUGACUCGAAGGGAUACAUGAACUUUCAGCAGUACAUAAACUUCUGCUCUGACUACGAUAUCUUUCCAAGUCAUGCUACCAAGGCUGCGCUUUACAGGAUAUAUCACUCUCUCAGCUUUAUGAAUGAGGUGCUGGGAAAUUGCAGUGGUGGUUCAGCCUUACCCAAGCAAUCGACUAUGAAAUCAAUGAAUAAUAUGACAUCUAGAAUGAGUGCAAUGUCCAGAAUAGGAUCUCCAGGGAGAGUAGUGUAGAAUGAGUAUAUUGAUGAGCAUCUCUUCGUAGAAUCAUUGGCAUUGAUAGCACUUUAUGAUGAAUCAAGCCAGCACAAUAGUAGGAAAGGCUAGGAUAAUGUAUAAGAUGAUGAUUGCGAAGGUGGAAAUGCUUUUUCUGGUAAUGAAAUGAACCUAGAUGAGGAUGAAUGUAAUGAAAACACUCCAAUCGAAAAGGUCCUUCAACUCAUAGAAAAAAUGGCUAACUCAGAGGGUGUCUUUAGAAGAAUGAGAAAAGGUGACAUUAGCAAUACAAUCAAGUGCAAUAUGAUGGAGAAGAAGGAUAUACUAGAGAUGUUCAGAGUUAAAUAUGCUUGGUACUUCAAGAUGAGGUAUCAUGAUCAGACCAUCAAGAAGAAGAACUUUGAUGACAUCAUGGAGAUGUCCAGCAUGCUGACUGAAGGCAGUCAACUCGAGUUGUGA